GGGAUCUUGACUCAUGCCUAUAAGCUGCACUCUGAUGUGGAUAAAGGUGAUGGCAAAGUGAAGUAUGUGUUAUCCGGCGAGGGUGCCACCUCCAUCUUUACCAUCGAUGAGAACACUGGAGACAUCCACGCCACGAAGCGCCUCGAUCGGGAGGCCCAGGCCUACUACACACUACAAGCUCAAGCCAUAGACCGGAAAACCAACUUACCUGUAGAGCCCAGGUCUGAGUUUGUGGUCAAGGUGCAGGACAUCAAUGACAACGAACCUAAGUUUCUUGAUGGGCCGUACCUGGCAGGGGUACCUGAGAUGUCCCCUUUAGGAACCAUGGUUGUGCAAGUGGCAGCCACAGAUGCAGAUGACCCGACAUACGGGAACAGUGCCCGGGUGGUCUACAGCAUCAUUCAUGGGCAGCCGUAUUUCUCCGUGGAGCCCAAGACAGGUGUCAUAAGGACAGCUUUGCCCAACAUGGACCGGGAGACGAGGGACCAGUACGUGCUGGUCAUUCAGGCAAAAGACAUGGUAGGACAAAUGGGCGGCCUGUCCGGGACCACCUCUGUCACGGUCAUGCUUACUGAUGUCAACGACAACCCACCGCGGUUUGCUCACAAGAGCUAUCAGUACACCGUGCUGGAGUCACUGCCGGUACAGUCUGUGGUGGCCAGGAUCAAAGCGGCAGAUGCUGAUAUCGGCUCCAACGCAGAGAUGGACUACAGGAUCAUGGACGGCGAUGGGCCCGGCAUGUUCAACAUAACAACAGACGAGGACACACAAGAGGGGGUUAUUAUACUGCAAAAGCCUCUAGAUUUUGAGACCAGAAGUGGCUUCGCUUUGAGAAUUGAGGCCACCAACAGGAACAUUGACUCCAAUUUCUUGAGCCUGGGCCCAUUUAGUGACACAACGUCCGUCAAGGUGGCUGUAGAAGACGUGAACGAGCCACCCAUCUUUUCCUCGCCAUUUUCCAUAAUGAAUGUUUCGGAGGACGCCAGAGUGGGCACCCCGAUUGGUAGAGUCUCUGCCCAUGACCCAGAUACCUCCGGAAGCACUAUCAGGUACUCCAUUGACAGGAACACGGACUUGGAACGUUUUUUUAAUGUGGAUGCUUCGAGUGGGAUCAUCAGUACAGCCAAGCCUCUGGACCGCGAAGCCAACUCCAUCCAUAAUCUCACUAUUUUAGCCAUUGAGAACUUGGACCCAAACCAGAUUGGGAAAGGCAUCGCUCUCAUCACAGUGCUGGACGUAAAUGAUAACGCCCCGGUCUUUGCAAUAGACUACGAAACGCUUCUUUGUGAAAACUCCAUGCCUGGGCAGGUGAUUCAGACCAUCAGUGCGGUGGAUAAGGACGAGCCUCAAAGCGGGCAUCGCUUUUAUUUCGCCCUGGAUGCAACCGUCGCUGGCAACAUGAACUUCACCCUGCGAGAUAACAAAGACAACACAGCAUCCAUACUGACAAAGCGAGGUGGCUUUAGGAGACGCGAGCAGCCCGUGUAUCGACUGCCAGUGUUGAUUACAGACAAUGGAAGGCCCGCCCUCAGCAGCACAAACACGCUCUCGGUGCGCGUGUGCGACUGCGACUCUGACGGUGUGGCCCUAUCUUGUGGCGCGGUGGCCUACACGGCGACUGGCCUUAGCACCGGCGCCCUCCUGGCUAUUCUGGGCUGCAUCAUCACACUGCUGGUGAUGGUCCUGCUGAUUGUGACAAUGCGCCGGAGAAGAAAGCAGCCCUUGAUUCUAGAGGAGGAGAGGGACAUCAGGGAGAACAUUGUCCGCUACGACGACGAGGGCGGGGGAGAGGAGGACACUGAGGCGUUCGACAUGGUCACCCUGCGCAACCUCAACAUCAUCAGAGACCCCUCAGUGAGGCGAGACGUCACGCCGGACACGCCCACCUUCUACCACUACACCUCGGCUUCGCCACCGUCCUACAGGUCGCUGUCUGGCAACAUGGUGUUUCGAGAGUUCAUCUGGGAGCGGCUGAAGGACGCCGAUGUGGACCCCACGGCUCCCCCGUACGACUCCCUGCAGACGUAUGCCUUCGAGGGCAGUGGUUCUGUAGCCGAGUCGCUGAGCUCACUGGAGUCGCUAAGUACAGACUCGGACCAGAACUACGACUACCUCAGCAACUGGGGGCCCCGCUUUAAAAAGCUGGCCGAUCUGUAUGGCAACAGUGACAGCAGCAGUGUGUUCUCAUAGCCCCCAAAUGUCUCCCUUAACAGUUCUGGAACUUUAAAACCUGUGAGUAAUAUAUUGUAAGAGCAAGUGGUUUUGUCUGCCUUGGUGCCGCCGAGGAAAAGAUUCAAAGACAACACACGUGAUUGAAGGAAAAACACUUUGACUUCAAAGGUUUUUUUUUUUGGUUUGUUUACCUCCCUGUAUGGGCUUUAAAAAGCGUGCCAUGGUGAGUUUUGACACUGACUUCAAAAGUGGCUUGACUGAGGAGGAAGCCUUGUGUGCAAAAGACAUUAAAGGUUUCAUAUUUUGGGCCUGAGUCCAACCGCUGACUGCAGAAUGCAUUACAUGUGGAAGCUCUUUUCUUUUUUUUCUUCUUUUUUUUUUUUUUUUACAGGGAGAAACCUGUCCUUUCAUUCCACUGAUGGGCACAGGCACAACACUCCUGCUUUGAUGCAUUCCUUUGCUAUCUCUGUGCUAAAAAAACAAAAAGUUUCUCAUGAAAGGCUGUCCCCCUGGCAGCUAAUCAGUAGUCCCUGGACUGCUCAGAUGAAAUAUAAGAACAAUUUAUGUUUGUUAGUUCAGUUCAGUUCUUUUCCUUUUUUUAUUUGCAGAAGACGGUUGAAAAUGGGCUGUAUUUUAUAAACCUUUACACCCACGGUCACUUUACUCACAGACUCAGUCAUGCCUUUUAAAGUUACUAGCCAGACUUUUUCUGUAAAUUUCAGUCAAAUUCACUUUAGAUAUUGUGUGUGAGCUAUAAUUCAAAGUUUUUCAGUUAUCCUCUUUGCUUUGGUAUUUUGUUGUAAAUUACUGCUGUAAACCACAUCACUAAAAGCGCACAUACUGUAUGCAUAGGGAUGCACCAAUCAUAGAUCUUAGCUAAAGUUGUUUUUUUUUUACAGACUUCCUACUAUGAGUUGUCAUAAAUUAUUUAUAUUGGGAGCAAACACUAGGGAUGGGUACCGAAUUCUGUACUUUUAUAGGCACCAACCGAAUCCCGUCUGUACUACCGGGUACCAAUUCACACAAACUCAAACGGUACUAUGUUUCGGAACCUAAACACUGUGAAACUGAGGGAGUUUCAUGCCGAACAAGAACACAGCAUUGCACGCACAAGAGCGCAAUGAUGUCAGGAGGCGCUGGUUCAGUCAACAAGGCAAGCAUGGCUGAUAGAAAGCGCUGAAAGGUAUGGCUCCACUUUUCAAAAUGCGCUGCAGAUUACGCUUGCUGAAAUAUUUGUGAGGCAAAGAACAAGACCAGCGGCGGUAAUACUUCUAAUCUGAGGAAGCACCUGGUCACUGCUGCCAAUUUAACAAAUUUCUCACUAUAUUUAGUGACUUUUCAGACCCAUCCAAGACCUUUUUUCAAAAAAGCAACUAGCGAAAAAUCUAGCUACUUUCUUCUGUUAUCGGUACCCGUGAAAGUAUCAGUGGUUGUGCAGUUAUUGUCUUUGGAGAACCAGACACUUCUACAAGCUUCUCCAAGCUCCCAGACUGACACACAGCUGCUGCCUUGUCUUUAAACCUGCCUUUAGUCAGGAAAGAGUGCAGAGGAAUUGUUUUAGAUGUUUUAGAAUUCAUGUAUCAUUUAAUAAGGCUAAUUUCUCGAUCCAAACAAGUUCAUAUAUUGAGAAAUAAUUGUGUUAAAUUGGAAAAUGUUUAGAUUUUAUUAUUAAACCAGUGUUUAUUACUACAUAAACACAAAAAAAAAGUAGGUACCGUUUAGUACCGAUUCAGAUGUGAAGGUACCAAUCCCUAGCAAACACAUCACCUAGUCAUUUUAACACAUUGGUUGACCAUUUUAACACCUUGACAAAAAGAUAUCUGCAAGUUUAAAAAAACUACACCAAGGUUGGGUAUAAAUUGAUGUUUAGUGAUAGAUGGGUCCUUUUCUACCUGAUAAAUGGGGUACAAAAUGAUGGAACUACAAAGGUAUUGUGAAAGGAGCAGAAUGACCCCUACCCACUGAAGUCUUAAUUUCCUUUGAAGUAGCCUGAAUAGCCAACAUGUCACACCUCUGAAAAAAUAUAGUUAGUGCCAAAAGUAAGGGUCUUUUGGUUUGGUUGUUUAUUUCUUUGUAGUAACACUGCUUUUUUGACAUACAUUUAUACCGUUCAAAAGCUUGUAUGUUUCUCCUAAAAUGAUGCCACCUUUGUAAGGAAGAUGUGUUUGUGGAUUUGCCAGCAGAGAUGAGUGUGUGGGCAGUAUCCAAAACUUGCCAAAUCCCGUCUGCCAAUCCCAAACAGCUUAUUCUUUUGACUCCUGUGUUGUGUGGUAUGUUGGGUUUAUUUAUUGAAGUUUGGAAAAACAGGAUUUGAAAACAAUUUAAAUUUUUUCCUUCUUUAAAAAACACGGGGGUUAGAUGUUCAUCAGAGAUCUCUACAAAACCACAACAGCCUAACACCACCUCGUCUCGCUGAUCAUCAGCGGUUGUAGGAUGGUGUCCUAUUUUUUAAUCCAAGUCAUAUUUCUGCUGUUUGUCGCUUUGGCAUGAACAUCACAUCCAAGCUGAUACCACAAGUGCUCCAUGGGGUUAUGGGUCAAGAUGGCGGCCAGGCUAUUUCAUCUUCUCCCCUCCUGAGUUAUGGACGUUGUUUCUGAUAAAUCCCUUUUUGUAAGGGUGAUCUUAGAGGAUAAAUAAAUAAAUAUGUUUCGUUUUACAGUCCCACAGAGGAUAAAUUUGUCUCUGUGUUUAACCCGUUUCUUAGUGAGUGGUGUACAGGGAGCAAUCUCUAGUCAAGGGUCUUGCUCAGGAACCCAGAGUGAAAGACUGAGUUUCUAACCGCCAACCUUUGGGCCCUCUCGAAGAUGCAAACGCCCGGCUCUCUAAUCAAGAUCCCCACUCCCACUUCAAAAGAGCUGGCCCCUAAGAUUGGCGACGUUAGAUUCUCGUUGUAAAAUAUCAUCUUUACAUCUCUCUGCUUUGAGAUUUCCUGCAAUAAUGCUAAGCCUUGGUUUUCACUGAGGGAUAAAGUUGUUAGUGGGUGAAACCCACACACUCAGCUUCUUAAAUAAAAAAAGGUAUCUUUCUUAAUAAAAUGGCACCAUUUGGAAAUAAAUAAAUAAGCUUCCCCACAGUUUAAAAUGAAAUGAGAGAAAGGACAACAUGGAUAAAUACAUUAUAUUCAAACACCUCACUGUUUUUUUCACUCAGUAACGACAUGACCACUGAAGAGUGACCUGGUAGCACUCAGGGAUUGGGUGUUCACAGAUCGGGACAAGAUUGUACUCCUGGUCUCCUCUGGUCACAUUUUUCUUUGCAUGCCUUCUAAUCAAAUUCAUUCCUCAGUCGGGCUUACUUGUAUUCUGUACGGCAGCAGGACCCUAUAUCUGCAGUACACAAAAGUACUGCAUGGAUUUCUGAAUAAUAUUGCAAGUAUAAAAAACAUGGAAUUCAUUUGUAAAGACGGACACAUUUUCAUCCACGAGGAGGUGCAGUGAUUCAUUCAUGCAAAAUUGUUAAAAGAACAAUCUGGUCAGUAUGUUACUAUAAAAUGGAAUUGAAACAAUGUAUCCUGCUGGUAGCUGUAUAGCUGCUGCAUUACCUGUCACUACCACCCACAAUGAUUGUCAGGUAUACUGACUUAUGAUGAACCAAAGCCUACCUGUUAGCUCUAUCAUGCUUGUUCCUGCCAGUCAAUGCCAUCACCAUGUUUCUAAUUGCUGUGCAGCCAUAAAGAGUGAAGGUGUAUAAGGGAAGGGACUUUGUAUGUUCUGUAUAAUAUAUUGGAUUAAUAUGUAUCCCAAAAAAAGCACUGUUACUGCGCUGUCAUUUGAUGUUGAAGCCCAACAAGUAUGAAAAGGUAUUUCAAGUCCCAAAAAUGGACAGUGACCAGUCAGAUGGAACAAUUCAGAAACAUGUAGAGCCUUGACAAAAGUACUCACACCCUCUGAAUAUCUAUAUAUUUUCAAGUCACAAUUACAGAUAGUGUUUUUGAAUACUGCUUUUUGCUUAAUAGACAAUAAAGUCGAUUAGAGCUGAUGGGAAGUUGGAUGAGCUCUAAGCACAGGACAAUCCUUGAAGAACAUCUGUUAAAAUCUGUAACAGACUUGAGACCGGGCGGAAGGUUUACCUUCCACCAGGAGAGCAACCCUUAAAGCAGCUCUGUUUAAGUUUUGAAACAAGUAUUACCUUAAUUUGAGAUAUAUCCAACGAUUUUCAGGUCAAUACACAGCACUUGGCACAUAUCAAUGCUCCAUGCGGGCUUCCCUUCUCAAAAUCACGCCAAUGUAACUUGAGAGGUGCGGCUCCAGCUCUGAAUGGGUCAUGUGACCUAGAGCAGCACUCUACGACACUCUGAACAACACCUAAAAACGAGAGCUAAUCUUACAUGCUUCUACUUUUCUCAUCCUCCAGUCAAAGUUCAUCAUGGCCAUGGAUAAUAUUAUAAAAUACAGUAACCACAGUUCACAAACCUGUCAGCUCUUCUUCUCUGUUUACGUUUCUUCAGCCUUUCAUAAUCAGAUGAUUUAAUCUGUACUCUGCUCCGACUUCCUCUCUCACAUCUCCUGGAGCUCCCCCUCCCUCUCCCUCUCCCUGUUUCGAUGGGAGACUGGAUAAUCUUGAGGGGUGAAUGUGGCUUUGUCUUUACAAAUAACCCUAAGACUUCUCAAAGUGGUCUGCUAUCCGAUUACGAAACACGGAGGGAUUGUGUUUUAUUUUGCCACUGCCAGUGGUCUCAGGGGUGCUAGCUCUCCUUUCAAAAUUAGAGGUACGGUGAAGUGUGUAGUCUAUGUCUACGUCCUGGUUCCUGAGCCAAUCAUAUGGGAGUUCCCAGGAUUCCCAAAACAGAGCGCAGCAUUUUGUAUUUUAUGUUUGCAAAAGAGCAGCAGCCUGCAAACAUGGAAGCCAGUAAGAGAAGUGGACCAGAAAUAGAACAUAAUGCAACCUUAUUUUACUUAUCCUGUGUAUGUAAAAAUUCAGUGGGGCUUCAUAGCAGCAACAGAGCAACGAGGAAACGGCAGAGGCUGUGUUGUUCGGAUUUUAAACACUAGGUGCCAUCAUUACUCAUUGCUCCUUUAACAGAUUUAACCUUUAACCAGAGUGAUAAUGGAUAAUAAUGGAUAAUGGAAUAAUGGAUUAGAAUGGUCCAGUCAAAGUCCAGAUCUAGAACCAGCCCAGAGACUUGAAAUUUACUAUUUACAUAUACUCUCUAUUUCAUCUCACUGGACUUGAGUUAUUUUGCGAAGAGAAAUGUGCAAAACUCUGAGUCUCAAGAUGUAGUAAAGAUCAAGUAGAGACAUUUCCCAAAUAACUUCUGGGCUGUAAUUGUACCUAAAGGUGGUUCUACAAUCUACUAACCCAGGGAGGCUGAAUGCAAAUUUACACCACACCAUUCAGGUUGUUAUUUAAAUUCAUUUUUGAAAACCAAGUCUACUUUUUAACAUACAUGCUCUAAUGUGUGUUAUUCUAUCACAUAAAAUCCCGAUAAAGUUCAUUCAAGAUGUUAAAACGUUCAAGUGACAUGAUGCAUACAAGACACUGUGCAUACAUUUGAACAAGUUUAUGUUCAUAAUUCAAUCAACGUCCUCAUCAACGUUCGCUUCAGCUUUACCAUCCACAGCAGCACCUAUCAUGGCUUGGGCAUCAUCAGAGUCCAAAUCCGGCUCAAACAGCUAAAGUUUAAAAGGUCACACCUUAAAUCUCGCUCUUUUUAUGCCAUUGCCUUGUAUUUUUCCUAAUUUGAAGUAAUCCAUACUUCAUUAAUAAGCUGCAUUUUUAUAUAUGUACAGUUAUUUCUGAAAAGAAAUACACCUCUGGCUAGUAUCUUUAACACUAUAUGACACACAGAUUCUUACAUAUAACAGUAUAACCAAGUACAGUAGUCGAUGUGUUAAGGAAGUUGUGUGAAUCAUAAAAAGAAUGACAUCCAUCAGUUUUAUAUAUCAGCAGGGUAGCAGAGAAACACAAACAUUCUCUUCUCCUGAAAGUACAUUUUGCAGAUGUCGCAGCGUAGUGUGUGUCUCAGUCCGUUUCUACUUCUACCUUUCUAUUACCAACAGUAUAAUUUCUCAGCUAUGAACAGUUGGGGUUUAGUUGGUUUGGCUUUUCUAAUAGGCAGGUGGAUCUGAUCGAAGAGCAUUGGUGAUGGAUUUGUUCGUGUCGUGCUAGAGAUUCAUGCCACCUAGACUCUAGGGAGAAAAAAAAAGUAUUUGUUUUUAAAGUGGCAGACCUCACAGAGGUCCGGUUUGUAAGUAAAUUACUUUUGCUUCUGUAGUUUGCAAAGUCAAGCAUAUAUUGUCAUUUGAAAAUUCAAUUUUUUUUUAAAAAAUGUAUGGUUUUAAUAUUGAUGGUGAAAGGACACACUGUAUGAUAAUCAUAUUGUGGCAAUUUUAUUAUUGUUUUUUUUUUUCCCCAGCUUAAACAAGACAUGUUACAACUGGGUGUGCACAUGUGCAACCGCUAUGUAUUAUUAUUUAUUUCAAAGAGGCAGAACUGUGCAAAUGAUGUUUUUAUCUUUUUGCUGAAAAUAAAGUCGACACUCGGUUCCUUAAAA